GAAGUGGACAGGUCGUGAGCCGCUUCAUUUGCGCCCAAGUUUCAGCCACACGCUCCGAGUGCUCCGAGUCUUUCCAUCUGACCGCCUCAAGGCCCUGCUCUCGACCAUCCGGACACAACCAGUGAAGAAAGGACCUUCCAUUCACAAAGAAAACUUCUUGGGCCAAUUCAUUCAGAAUGAGCGACCGAAGCCGGUACUCAGCAAUCCGGAUAGCCACACUUGGUCUCCUCUUCUUUGUCUUCUGUGCAGUAGAUGCAUCAAGUGAGGAGCCGGUUGUCAGCGUCCCUUCGACUGGCCAGGCUCGUUCUCUUGUGGAGAAAUCCGAUUCUGACGAAUUGACAGGCUAUCGAAGGUGGUGGUCUUUACUAUGGCCUGUCGCUUCCCCAAUCAAUCUGCCCGAAGCGGAUGACCGGAAAAUGCACUACGGAUACACCCAGUACAACGGCCCAAGUGUGUGGUCACUCGAGUACCCGAUCUGCGGGGGCAACCACCAGUCACCGAUCGAUUUGUCCUCUGGAAGCAUGCAAAGGGCCACCGGCACUCCUCUCCGCUGGAGCACCACAUAUUGGCACACCCCGGAUAAUAUGACCCUGAGGAACAGCGGCCACACAGUUGAGCUGCACGCGAACUGGGGUUCUGCAAAAGCGCCUCAGCUGAGCGGUGGCCCGUUGCGGGCUCCGUACACCUUCUGGCAAAUGCACUUCCACUGGGGCUCCUCCGACCUUUACGGUUCUGAGCACACGAUAAACAACGUCAGCUUCCCCAUGGAGGUGCACGCCGUCCACUUCAAGAGCGAGUACGGCAGCGCCAGAAACGCCCUCAGGUACCCUGACGGACUCGCCGUCGUCGGCUUUCUUUACCAGAUGAGCAACAAGCCGGGCGAUUCUUUGGUGAAUAUAACGCCGUCUCUUCCACAAGUCCGUUCCUCUGGCUCCUCGUCUAUGAUUCCUCCAAUGCCGUUGGCGACCAUCCUCAGCCCUCCUCGUGCCUACGCCACCUACCAAGGCUCCCUGACUACCCCACCCUGCAGCGAGGGUGUCACCUGGCUUGUUUCUGGCUACAGCAUUCCCGUCUCAGCAGACCAGUUGGCCGCUUUCCGCUCUUUGACCUCUCACGACGGAGGCAUGGGCGACAACUUCAGGCCCGUGCAGCCGCUCAAUGGCAGAGAAGUCUUUUACGUUUCUCAGUUCAGUUGAAAAUUGAGCUUGAGCUUGGAACAAAAACCUGCAGGUUUCCUCUAUUUUGUAAACUAUGAUCGCUUCAAACAACAUGUACAUAUAAUCCUUGCAUAAGGUUUAACUUUCCCGUUUGCACGCCUAGAUUUCCUGUAAAGUAAUUUAAAUAAAAAUUGAUAAAUGGGAAGAAUGACUGAAGUUGAUUCCACUAUUAUUAUUAUUAUUUAUUCUACUCAAGUCUAACAAAAAAAAUUUAUAUUGGAAAAAUAAUAAAUUGUAAAGCUUGGAAUUUUAUUUCAAUAUUAUUCCAGGCUGAAAUUCAAAAUUUAAGGAGUUCAAUAAAAAAUUA